GUCUUUCCUGAACGACGGGUUUCAUUUUCUGCUUGCUCUGCCGUAAGCGAGGAAAGAGUAUAUAUUGUGUGUGAAAGUAAAAAUUGUCGCGUAUUUGUGAGAAAUUUUGAGAUGUGUCAAUUUUGUUACAUAGGACGUCCUAACCCGUUUUUGUUUGAAUUUUUUCGCCGUCGAUUUCAUGGAAGUGUUCUUUACAGAUCCCUGCCGGUCCCCAGGCGGCACACCCCCUACUUCGGCCAGCCGGAUUAUCGGAUAUACGAGCUGAACAAAAGGUUGCAGCAAAGGACGGAGGAUAGCGAUAACUUAUGGUGGGACGCGUUUGCUACGGAAUUUUUCGAAGACGAUGCGUCCCUGACGUUAGCAUUUUGUUUAGAAGAUGGUCCCAAACGAUACACCAUUGGAAGGACGUUAAUUCCAAGGUACUUUAGGAGUAUAUUUGAGGGAGGAGUGCUAGAACUGUAUUAUAAUAUGAAGCACCCAAAGGAAUCCUUCCACAACACUAGUAUUACGCUAGACUGUGAUCAGUGCACUAUGGUAACACACCAUGGUAAACCUUUUUUUACCAAGGUGUGUACAGAAGGGCGCCUAAUUUUAGAAUUUACGUUUGACGAUUUAAUGAGGAUAAAGUCGUGGCAUUUUGCCGUUAGGUCGCAUCGGGAAUUGAUCCCGAGGAAUGUUAUGCUCUCCCAGCAGGAUCCGGGUAUGUUAGACCAAUUGUCCAAAAAUAUCACUAGGCAAGGCAUCACGAACUCUACUCUCAACUAUUUAAGGCUAUGUGUGAUACUAGAACCAAUGCAAGAGCUGAUGUCGAGGCACAAGGCUUACGCGUUAAGUCCGCGGGACUGUUUGAAGACGACGUUGUUCCAGAAGUGGCAGAGGAUGGUUGCCCCGCCGGGUAAGAGAGCGGCCCGCAAACAAGCGACGGAAACGCAAAGGAUCGAAUUCGGGAGGUGA